CGGCACCGGUCUCUUCCUCGGCACUGGCAAUGCGCUCGUCCACGGCGGCCCGCUGGGCCUGUGGCUCGGCUACUCGAUCUGUGGCGGUAUUCUGAUCUGCAUCAUGCAGGGCCUCGGCGAGAUGGCGUCGUACCUCCCCGUCGUGGGCGGACACCUCAUGUACGCCUCGCGCUCCGUCGACCCCUCGCUCGGCUUUGCCCUCAACUGGAUCUACACCAUUGUGUGGAUGCUCGUCUGCCCUGCAGAGUGAGUCGAGUGGCGGAGGAAGUUGACGAAGUCGCGACCCGCCGGGGGCGGUCGCGGAGCGACCGCCCCCGGCAACAAGGACCCGGCAAGGGACGAGCCCACAGGGCACCACACCCACAGGAACCAAACCAAACCACCAUGAGCCUAAAUCCCCGCAUCCAAACUAGCGCGCAUGCCUAACGCGAUCUGGCAAUGAUCGAGCCAGAACAGACAACCGCAAGCAUCAAAUAGUCGUUAUCAUGACGCCGGAAGGCCAAAUCACUAUAAUCACCGUCUAUCAUCUAACAAUCGCCCACACUCGUCCUACCGCGGCUUGGGCAGGCAAUUGGCCGGCUUGUAACCCUCCCAGGCUCUCUGCCAUUGCCGUCCUCAUGAACUACUGGGUCAAGGACACGGUGGUCAACAACGCGGUGCGGAUCAUCAUUGCCCUCGUCUUUGUCUUCGCCAUCAACAUGUUCCCGGCGGCCGUGUACGGCGAGACCGAGUUCAUCUUCUCGAGCAUCAAGGUCAUCACCAUUGUCGGCCUGAUCAUCGCCGGAAUUGCCAUCAACUGUGGCGCCGGCCCGAAAGGGCACUACAUCGGCUUUAGCUACUGGAAGAACCCGGGCGCCUUUGGCGUGAACUACAACGGGCUCAAGGGCUCAAAGGGCAAGUUCUUGGGCUUCUGGGCCGUGCUCACCCAGGCCGCCUUCUCGUACUUUGGCGGUGAGGUCGUCGCUGUCGCCGCCGCCGAGUCCAAGAACCCCGUCAAGUCCAUCCCCCGCGCCAUCAAGCAGGUCUACCUCCGUAUCUGUGUCUUCUACAUCCUCGGCACAUUCAUUAUCGGCCUCAACUGCCCCUCCAACGAGCCGCGCCUCGGCACCACCUCCGAUGCGACCGCCUCGCCCUUCGUCAUUGCCAUUUCGCGUGCGGGCAUCAAGGUGCUCCCGCACAUUAUCAACGGCUGUCUUAUCUCCUCGGCCUGGUCGGCAGCCAACGCCGACAUUUACAUCGCCUCGCGCUCCAUCUACACUCUCGCCUCGCAGGGAUGGCUCCCCAAGGUCUUCCUGACCACGAGCAAGCGCGGCGCCCCCUACGUCGCGUCCAUCACCGCCGGUCUCUCGGGUCUCCUCGCCUUCAUGACGGUCAGCAACAACGCCAAUAAGGUCUUCAACUGGUUUGUCAACCUCAUCACCGUUGGCGGCCUCAUGGUGUACACUAUCAUUGCCAUCACGUACCUCCGCUUCCGGAAGGGUGUCGAGGCACAGGGUAUCGACCGCUCUCAGAUGCCGUUCACCUCUGGCUUCGCCAAGACUGGCGCCUGGAUCGCCGCCUGCUUCAUCCCUCUCAUCAUCUUCUUCUCGGGCUGGGAAGUCUUCCUCCACAACGGCAAGAAGUUUGACCACGCCACCUUCAUCACCAACUACCUCCCCGUUGUUCUCGUCCUUGGAGCCUACGGCGGCCACAAGCUCUACGCCAAGACCAAGCCUGUUCCCAUUUCCGAGAUGGACCUGCACACUGGUGCCCGCCACAAGGGCGACUACACCGAGACCACGUCCACCGAGAAGCUUCCCAUCUGGGAGCGUAUCGGCAACCUCAUUGGUGGUUAAGCAUCGAGCUUCGUUCUUCUUGGCGUGUUUGGGAUCGUUAUAUUAGUGUUCCGUACGGUCUAGAGAUCUUGGACGGGAUAUGGACAAGGAUGGG